AUUGAAUUCGUUUGCAACAUGGCGUCUUCCGACGUGCACGUCCGAAUUUGCGAACAAGAAAUAUUAAAAUAUGACCUGGAAGUCAAGGCUCUCAUCCAGGACAUUAACGAGUGCAGAGGUCCUCAAAUCAAGUUGACGGAACUGAACGCUGACGUGAAAAAGAGUUUUUACAAUCUACGGUUGCGCAUACAAGAUUUAGAGCAGAUGGCAAUGGAGCAGGACAAAGAGUCUGAAAAGCUGGCCUUGAUCAGUCAAGUACAGGGACACAGGAAACAGAUGCUGAGCAACCAGACUGCCUGGAGGAAGUCCAACCUGGCCAGCAAAUUGUCAAUCGACAAUAUGGAGAAGCAGGCGCUGCUUAGUGGAGCUGAUAGUGGCGCCAGGCAGAGGAAGACCACCAAAGAAGGCCUGGCCCAGACGUCCAGUGACAUUACAAAGAAUCUGAUGAGCAUCAGUCGAAUGAUGGCCCAGCAAGUUCAUCAGAGCGAGGAGGCGAUGACCACACUAGCAACCUCGUCCAGGACCAUCCAGGAGGCCAACGAUGAAUUUAAGACCAUGACAGGGACCAUUCAGCUUGGGAGAAAACUCAUCACCAAGUACAACCGCAGAGAGCUCACUGAUAAACUGCUCAUCUUCCUUGCGCUGGCCCUCUUCCUCGCCACAGUCCUCUACAUCUUGAAGAAGCGACUCUUUCCCUUCUUUUGAGGAGUGCAAGCCAUGACCACAUUCCAGUACUUUCCCCAAGUGAGCGUAAAUGAUUUCAAACGUCCUGCAUGUUUUGUUACCUCGCUGGCUUCUGCUCUCUGUCUCCAUUUAGUAUGUUGAACGAAAUACUGCACAUCACGCAAUGGAUAGGUUAUAUUUUUCUAGAAAAAAAAAGAAGAAAGAAAGAAAGGGGGAGAAAGGACGGACUUGUAGCAUAAUGUGUGUCUGAAGCUUCUGUAUGUGAAACUUGUUCUCUCAACCAGUGCCAACAUAAACCACUGUAGUGAGUACAAAAUCCACAAAUAAAGACACAAAUUUGACUAAA